CCGCUGACGGUGUCGCUGCCGCCAGCCAUGUCGCUGGACCGGAGCUUCUCCACCUCCGCUGCCCUCUCGCGCCUCCUCGCCCGCUGCCCCGCGCUUGGCGCCGACCCGCUCCUCUUCGCUCUCGCGUCCUCGCCCGCCGCGCCCUCCCGCGAAGACGUCGCCGCCGCGCUUGCCGAGCCGCUCCUCCACCCACGUUACACCAUCCCAAUCAUCGGUUGCUUCCUCCCACUCGCGCCCGCACUCCUUGAAAGCGCCUUCGCGCUCCUCCGCACCGAUGCACCCGCCCUCCAUGUGGACAGCUCCGCCAGCCUGGAGGAGGAGGCCGGGGGAGGGGAUUACCGCGUCGUGGAGUUCUACCUCUCAAGGGGCAGGGGCUUGCGGCUGCACGAGCUCGCGUGCCUCGCGCUGUCCCGCGCCCUCGACCUCGCCCCCUACUUGCUCCGAUAUGUAUUAAACUACUUCGAGUUUUCUCCACCACCAUUCCGAAGACUUAGCGAAGGUGUUCCAUCUACCAAGGGACUAUACCUCUUCCUUGAUGCCACACAAGUAUCAUAUCGGUUUCUAGAAUUGGAACCCAGUGUAUUUUGCAAACAAUGGAAUUGGUCUUGCUUUUGGGACCUUGUAAAUAGUAGAGCUGAUUAUAGUUUAGCUGACAAUUCACUUUAUACUGUUGGAUUGGAUUUAAGAUGGUGUGCAAUACAAAUAGUAAUGGUGGUUCUGAAAGCAAGUGAUAGGGGUACUGAAAGUUAUGGUCUUCGGGCAGAUGAUGCAUUGACAUGUUUACUGAGAUGGAAGGAGUUCUGCAAAGACACUUCCUUGGAGAAAGCCUCUAUGUAUCUGCAAACUGAAGGCCAUUCUGACAUUGCCACAACUUCUUUGGCUGAUGCUUUGUUGGAUUGUCCAGAUGUCGCAACGAGAAAGGAGCAUAGCAUUGGUUGUAAUAUAUGUCCGUUUGUGCUCACUGCCACUAUGAGGAAGAGUUAUGAGGUAGCUCUGAUGGCAGUUAGCCAGAGGUGGCCUGUACUUCUUUAUGGUCCUGUUGGAGCUGGGAAAACUGCACUUAUUAACAAGUUGGCACAGGAUCGCAGAAAUCGAGUACUUUUUAUUCACAUGGACGAACAAAUGGAUGGCAGGACCUUAAUAGGUAGUUACAUUUGCACAGAAAAACCAGGUGAAUUCAAGUGGGCUCCUGGUUCUCUCACACAGGCCAUUGUCAAAGGGUUCUGGAUCGUGUUUGAAGACAUCGACAAGGCACCCACUGACGUGCAGUCAGUCUUACUACCAUUAUUGGAAGGUUCAAGCUCCUUUUCAAUUGGGCAUGCAGAGGCAGUUGAAGUUGCUGAGAGUUUCCGUUUAUUUGCUACUGUCACCACCUCAAAGAAUGAUUUUUCACAUGCCCUGGAAGGACGAUUAACCUAUAGUGCUCUGUGGAGAAAAGUGAUGCUGGGAGAGCCUAACCGGGAAGACAUGGCUAAUAUAGUCAAUGGAUGCUACCCAAGCUUGGAUCCCAUCUCAUCUAAGCUCAUAGAUACCUUUGAAAACGUCAACUCUCUGGUAUCUUACCAGUUUGGUGGGCUCAACUCAGCUGGAGGUUUAUCUGAUGGGAUUCUGCACAGAUUCUCAUUAAGGGACCUGCUCAAAUGGUGCAAGAGAAUAGCGGGUGUUGAUCUCAAUUUUGAGGGUCUGGGAUUUGCAUAUAGUGAUUGCAAAUUAAUCUAUUAUGAGGCUGCUGAUAUUUUUACUGCUUCCUUAUCAUCUCCGGAUAAAAGGCUAUACAUAUCAAGAGAAAUUGCUAGAGUAUUGGGUGUACCUGAGCAAGCGGAAACCAUGCAUCCCACUGACAAGCCCAUUAUUCAGGCUCGACACACUGACUUGCAAGUUGGCAGAGUUACUCUGCAGUGCAUCGACAAACCAACCUUGAUUCUGAAGGGGCCUUUUGCUGAUAUUCGCCGUGCAUUAGAAGUUCUUGAGAGGGUUGCAUGUUCAAUAAAGUUUAAUGAGCCUGUUCUUCUUGUUGGCGAAACUGGCACAGGGAAGACUACUCUCGUGCAAAAUCUUGCUUCCUGGCUUAAACGACCGUUGACUGUGGUGAACUUAAGCCAGCAAAGUGAUAUCUCUGAUCUACUUGGUGGAUUUAAGCCUACAGAUGCUCACUCAAUAUGCUUACCUCUUUAUACGGAGUUCAGGGAUAUUUUUUGUCGAACUUUUUCCAAAAAGGCAAAUGAAGCUAUUCUACAUCGUUGUGAUGUGUAUGUAAUGGAGAAGAAAUGGCUAAAAUUAUUGGAUUGUUUAUCAAGAUUGUGUACGCAAGCUCAGAAGCUUAGUGGUUCGAAGAGAAAAAGGUCUUUGCCUGAUUGGGACUCCUUUUCUUCCUGGCUAGAUUCUGCCUAUAGCCAACUUAGUUCAUCAAAUGGCAUGUCAUUUCGAUUUGUGGAGGGUGCUUUUGUUUCAGCUUUAAGAAAUGGCCAUUGGAUAUUGCUUGAUGAGGUCAAUCUUGCACCUCCAGAGACUCUUCAGAGAAUUGGUGCUGUACUAGAUGGAGAGAAGGGCACACUGUGCCUGGCUGAAAGGGGUGAUGUGGAUUAUAUUGAACGCCAUCCUCAUUUCCGUAUGUUUGCCUGCAUGAAUCCAGCCACUGAUGCUGGGAAAAGAGAGUUGCCAUAUGCUUUUAGGAGCCGAUUUACAGAGUUCUUUGUUGAUGAUCUUAUGGAUGACGACGAUCUCUGUCUUUUUGUCAGUAAAUAUCUGGAUGGCCUGCAUGCUGCUAAAGGAGUUAUAGAUAGCAUUGUUUGUUUUUAUAAGGCAGCGAAAAAGGAAUCUGAGGAGAAGCUGCAGGAUGGAGCUAAUCAGAAGCCCCAGUUUACUCUGAGAUCUCUUUCUCGUGCAUUAGGUUAUGUAAAAACUGCAGAGAAAUCUUUUGGCUUUGCAAAAGCUCUUUAUGAUGGCUUCUGUAUGUUCUUCCUUACAAUGCUGGAUGUCCCUAGUGCAAAAAUCGUUAAGAACUUAAUAGUAUCUGUUUUGUUAAAGGGAAAAGUGCCAUCAAGCAUUUCUUUUGCUGACUACUUUGUUGAAAAGCCUAAGCAACUAAAUGGUUCUGAAUCAGAUGAAUUUUUGUGCAGCUAUGUGUUAACUAGCAGUGUUACUGAGCACAUUGUUAACCUUGCCCGUGCUGUUUACAUUAAAAGAUAUCCUGUUCUCCUGCAAGGUCCCACAUCAAGUGGCAAAACUAGCUUAGUGAGGUAUCUUGCUGCAAAAACUGGACAUGAAUUUGUCCGCAUCAACAAUCAUGAGCAUACUGAUCUUCAGGAAUAUCUUGGUACAUAUAUCCCUGACAGUCAUGGGAAGCUUCACUUUCAGGAGGGUGCUUUGGUGAAGGCUGUACGUGAGGGGCAUUGGAUUGUGUUGGAUGAGCUGAAUCUUGCACCGUCUGAUGUCUUGGAAGCUUUAAAUCGGCUGUUAGAUGAUAACAGGGAGCUGUUUGUUCCAGAGCUUCAAGAGACUAUUAGUGCUCAUCCUAACUUUAUGCUUUUUGCAACGCAAAAUCCACCGGUGCUUUAUGGGGGACGUAAAAUGCUGUCCAGAGCAUUUCGCAACCGUUUCAUUGAAGUGCAUGUUGAUGAAAUCCCAGAAGAUGAGCUAAUUACAAUUUUGGAGCAGCGGUGUGCAGUUGCUCGCAGUUAUGCCACAAAAAUGGUUCAAGUUAUGAAAGACUUGCAAAUGCAUAGACAAAAUAGUAGAGUGUUUGCUGGCAGACAUGGUUUCAUUACACCACGAGAUUUAUUCCGUUGGGCCAAUCGGUACCGAACAUUUGAGGGGAAGUCAUAUGAGGAUCUGGCUAAGGAUGGCUAUUUACUUCUUGCGGAGAGAUUAAGGGAUGACAGUGAGAAAGCUGUUGUUCAAGAAGCAUUGGAACGUAACCUGCGUGUUAAACUCAACAUCCCUGAUUUAUAUAACUCGGAAUGGAUCGAUGGUGAUAACUUAUCUCCUCAUGCUAUAAGACAGAGAGUACAAGAAAGCUUUGGGAAUAUCACUUGGACGAAAAGUAUGUGGAGGCUAUACUUCCUUAUUGAGCGUUGUUACAGGUCACGGGAACCUGUCCUCCUUGUUGGUGAAACUGGUGGUGGGAAAACAACAGUUUGCCAGGUCCUAAGUGCUGUUCUUGGAGUGAAGUUACACAUUUUGAACUGCCAUCAGUAUACCGAGACAUCUGACUUCGUUGGGGGAUUUUUUCCUAUACGUGAUAGGUCGAAAAUAGCCCUGGAGUUCAAACAUCUUAUUUCGACGAUGAAGGAGAUGAAACUUUUCAUUCAUGUUGCUGAAGAUGUGACAUUUCCCUCUGAUAUAUCCGGAGCUUGUAGCUUCAUGGAUCAUAUGAAUAGAAUACUUGAUAGACACAAAAGUGGAAAGGAAAUGUUUAAAGAGGUGCCACCUCAAGAUCUUGAGGACACGGAGCAAAUUAUGCAUAAAUUGUCGCAUCUUCACCAAAAAUGGCGGAAAUUUUUUGAUUGGCAGGAUGGGCCACUUGUGCAAGCGAUGAAUAGUGGAGAUCUUUUCCUUAUUGACGAAAUAUCUUUGGCUGAUGACAGUGUACUUGAACGGUUGAACAGUAUUCUGGAACCCGAAAGAAAACUGUCACUGGCUGAGAAAGGUGGUUCUGUGCUAGAGGAGAUUGUAGCCCAUCCAAACUUCUUUAUCCUUGCAACAAUGAAUCCAGGUGGUGACUAUGGAAAAAAGGAGCUUUCUCCAGCACUAAGGAAUCGAUUCACAGAAUUGUGGGUUCCUGCUGUUACGGAUGUUGAUGAACUUAAGAGCAUAGCUAUAGGGAGGUUUAUUAAUCCGGACCUCUCUUGCUUUGGAGAUUGCAUUGUCAAUUUCUGGAAUUGGUUCAACCAAUUGGACACUGGAAGACUGCUCACGAUACGUGAUCUGUUAUCCUGGAUUUCUUUUAUCAAUGUGACAGAGAAAGAUCUUGGACCACAACAAGCUUUAACACAUGGUCUGUUCCUUAUAUUACUUGAUGGGCUCACAUUAGGAAUGAAUCUUCCUAUAUCAGAGGCUACCAAGUUGAGAAGGGUUUGCCUGUCCUUUCUUCUAGAAGAGCUGCAGAAGGUCGAGGGGAAACCAUUGAACUCAGAUUUGAAUGAUCUAAAGAUUUAUGGCUGGGGUGAGGAUAUGGCAAAAACUGAUAGUGAUUGUAAUCUUCCAGAUCAUUUUGGCAUCACACCAUUUUAUAUUACUAAAGGUCAUUUUGCUAGUAAGCGGAAGGGAUUUGAGUUCAUGGCACCAACUAUCAGUAAGAAUGUUUUGCGAGUAUUGCGUGGCAUGCAACUCCCAAAGCCUGUUCUGCUAGAAGGUAGUCCUGGAGUUGGAAAAACAAGCUUAAUUAAGGCAUUAGGUGGAUUUUCUUGUCACGAUGUUGUGCGAAUAAACCUAUCUGAGCAGACAGAUAUGAUGGAUCUUUUAGGGUCGGAUUUGCCAGCCGAAGGAGAAAAUGGAAUAGAAUUUGCCUGGUCUGAUGGUAUUCUUCUCAAGGCUUUAAAGAAUGGAAGUUGGGUUCUGUUAGAUGAACUCAAUCUGGCUCCCCAGUCUGUCCUAGAGGGUCUGAAUGCCAUUCUGGACCACCGUGCAGAGGUCUAUAUACCUGAGCUUGGUCAAACUUACAAGUGUCCACCAUCCUUUCGUGUCUUUGCAUGCCAGAAUCCUUCGUCGCAGGGCGGUGGGCGAAAAGGCCUUCCCAAGUCCUUCCUGAACCGCUUCACGAAGGUUUAUGUUGAUGAAUUGAAAGAAGAAGAUUAUUUUUCCAUUUGUAAAUCCCUAUAUCCAUUACUCAGUGAAGAUUUUCUCAGAAAUCUGAUUUGCUUUAACAAUAGGCUCUUCAUGGAUACCAUGGUACACAGGAAGUAUGGCCAAGAAGGUUCUCCUUGGGAAUUUAAUCUACGUGAUAUUAUUAGGUCUUGUAAGAUGAUGAUAGCAGGUUCGCCAGAUACUUCAAAUAAUGACUGCUUUUUAAAUACUGUCUACCUUCAAAGAAUGCGAACUGCAGUUGAUCGUGAUGAAGUUCUCAAGCUUUUUGAAGAAGUCUUUCAGAUAAAGCCCAGCAUUGAUAAGCCGAAAAUGCUUCAUGUCCAUCCGCAUUGCUUAGUUGUUGGAAGUGCAUCUAUUGCAAGAAAUAACUUCCGCUCAUAUGAAGUUCAGAGUAACCAACUCAAUAUACUUCCUGGUAUUCUUCAUAGCCUUGAAGCUGCUAUCCACUGUAUCCAUCAAGGUUGGUUGUGUAUUCUUGUUGGACAACACUCAUCCGGGAAAACCUCAUUAAUCCGCUUGCUUGCUCAGCUGUCUGGCAACACGUUGAAUGAGUUGAAUUUGUCAUCUGCAACUGAUGUGUCAGAAUUGCUGGGGUGCUUUGAGCAGUAUAACUUUUUUAGACACUAUAAGGCAGUCAUAUCAGAAGUUGAACGUUAUGUUCAUGAAUAUUUUAGCCUGAGUAUGGAUAUACAUUGGAAGGAAUUGAUUAUGAACAGGAAGGCUCUGUUCGUGAAAUGGUUUGACUUUGUGGUUGCCAAGAAGUAUUCGUCAAUUCAUACUUCCACAUUUAUUGAGAUGAGCAGGAAUGCGUCUUUGCCAACAUUGAGCUUGGUUAUUGACAUCGUUGAGCAGAUGAAGUGUGAUUUGGAAAUGCUUGGCUUGCCUAUGUCAUUUACUAAAGAUGAUUUGAGUAAAACACUGAAGUCCAUCCACAGCUUGCAGCAGAAAGAAGCUGUACAUCAACCAGUUAAAUUUGAAUGGGUUGCUGGAGAUUUGAUCAGGGCCAUUGAAUGCGGCGAAUGGGUUGUUCUGGACAAUGCAAAUUUGUGUACUCCUACUGUACUUGAUAGGAUAAAUUCUUUGGUUGAGGAUGAAAGAUCCAUUUCACUCAAUGAAUGUGGUCUUGUCGAUGGGAAUCAUGUAAAUCUCAAGGCCCAUCCCAAAUUCCGAAUAUUUUUAACAGUUAAUGCAAAGUAUGGUGAAGUUUCAAGAGCCAUGCGAAACCGAGGAGUGGAGAUCUUUCUGAUGGAUCAAAGUUGGUGUUUGGAAAGAUCUGCCUGUGUGUCGAAGGACAGUGAGAGGAAGGACGUGACAAGGUUUUUAAUUUCUUGUGGUAUACCUAGAAUGGAAUUGAUUUCAUCAAUGACCGAAGCACAUUUGUAUGCAAAAGCUGCUGGAUUACGUCUUGGUAUAAAUAUUACCCUCCUUGAGAUCACACGAUGGGUUCAACUGUUCCAAGAACUUCUUAUUAAAGGAAAUCAGCUGCUUUGGAGCCUCCAUCUAAGUUGGGAACACACUUAUCUACCAUCGUUGGGUCAAGUUAAUGGAUCUGAUGCUGUCGAGGAGGGAAAAUUAAAGUUCUUGACUGAUUUUGAUGGUUGUUCAGCUGGUUUGCAUUGUGAAUUUUCUUUGUCCUUGCCUGGUGGUUGGCCAUCUGAACUGAAACUAAGGGACUUCAUUUGGUACUCAAAAGAAUCUUGUGUCCAGAGAAAUUGUAUGUAUCUACAGUCAUUGGGUGCCCAGUAUGCUGCUUAUGGAAUAAGCAAGUUGAAAGGUAGUUCGUCCUCCUUGGGACCUAUUACUGUUGGUAACAUCCACCCAUCUGUUCUUCCUGCCUCAAGCUUAUUUGUACUGCAAUUCCCAACUUUGUCCGGGCAGCAUUUUGUCAAGACUCAUACAACUGGGGCAUUCAAUUCAGAGUUAGCUGAUCAUAUGCUAUUCAUUGCUGCAAACUGGGUAAUGGAGCAAGCUACGGAAAGUGAUCUCAAAUUGUAUGGCGUAUGGUUUAAAUGGUAUAAUGCCAUGCUCCAGCCAUACUGCAGCUUCUUUGAAAGCUAUGACAAUAUUCUUCAGCGAGAAUGUGAGCAUCCUAUUUGGCAUAGCAUCCUCGAAUCUUACAAGGAAAUAAUUGCUUAUCACAAGGUUGAUGUUGUUGCUCACCCUAUUCCAUUGCUGUCAAUGAAAUUGCUGGAUAUGGCAAGUUGUGACAACCUAAAAUCUUGCCAAACUCGGCUUCACAAUGCUCGUAAUGGCUUGAGCUUGUUGCGGCUUACAUUACAGCAAUGGCAUUCUGAGACAAAUUUUCCUGAUUAUGGUGGUCUGGAAGCUACUUUGUUACCGGCAUUGAAGUCCCUCAGAUGCUUGGAGGAUGAGGUACUCAAGAUGAUUGUGAAUGCUUGGAAACUAUCGCAGAUAUACACUCGUCUACUUGAUUAUCAUAGAUCAAUAUGGAAGAUAAUUGUUUCAUCUCAAUUUGAGGGCUUACCAGUUGUUUGGAAUCUUUUGAGGAAAGAAGUACUUAAGCUGCAGCCAAAAUUUCCAGUUGAAGUUGGUGUCUUUUUGAUGGAAAGCGUCAAUUUAAACAAUCUCCAAGAUUUUGCUUUACAAUAUAGCAAACCAACUUUGUGGGUUCUUGGCGGCCAUCCUCUUGUGCCAUCAUCUGACAGGGUCUUCUACAAAAUGCAAGAAAUUGUAGCAUACUCUGCUGUUGUUUGGCCAAGGAAGAAUCUUUCGAUGAAACCUCUUGACGAUAAAGAGCAAAUAAUGGAUGCGAUGCUGUCAGCAAAUCAGGAACUUAGAGACCUUGCAUUGGAAGGUAUCAAUUUGGCUUCUCAUGCUGCAACUAAUUCUGAGGAAGAUGAUUCGAGAAUGGCCAAAUUGGAUGAAGUUCAUAAGAUGCUUGUUGGAAAGGUUAAUAGUGAGAGGAGCAAUCUUGAAUUAUUGUUGAAGACUUCAACCUCUGAAGUGAAAGUCUGCUGUUCAGUCUCAUCUGAUAUUUUAUGUAACACUUCCGGUUUCAAUGGUUGGUUAGCAAGUCUUCCUUUGCUUAACUUGAAGAGCCUUAACUUGGAUACUGCUUUACUUCAAUGUCUAUCCAAGUGCACACAAACAGAUUCUUCUGAAGUUCAUCAGAUUCUUGCAAACUCAAAAGCCCUGCUUAAGUAUGCCAUGGACUACUCGUUGGAGUUAUCAUCAAGAUCUCCUUUGGACUUUACUCAACAUCAGAUCAUGUGGUGGAUUCAUCAUGCUUGGGUCACAGUCGACAAUGUCUGUGCAAGGUUUGCUAGUGCUCUUCUUGAAAUGUGGUACAAUUAUCAUACAUCUCUAUGGACUUAUUGCUCUGGAAGCCCCAAGGUUCUGUUCACUAUUACACAUAAUGAACCAUAUGAUCUAGCACACCUGACAAAAAUGGAUGCCAUCAAUACUAUUAUCCAAGGGGAUUUAUGUGUCAUGGAUUAUCAGAAGAACUGCUCAAUGCAUAGAAUUUCAUCUAGAAACAUUUGGGAAGGUGUCUCUUAUGGGGGAAACUUAGUUGGCAGUCUCCAUUCCUCUGCGCAUUCUCUCUUUAAGCAGAUCAUUUUUGUCCAUAAGAAGCAUUUCAAGCAAGAAGAGUACAGGCAGAUAGAUGAUGUCCUCUUCCAACAGUCGGAACAUUAUCUAGAGAAAGAAGGCCUUCAUACUGCUUGUGCACUGUUAUCUUCUUCAAGUCAUGGGGUACUGGCUUCACUCUCAGGGUCAGAUAAACUCAUAGGGUCUUUGCUUCUGGAGUUGUACUCAUGUGAUUCUCUAUUGCAUCUUGGAGCUGCCUGGGUGUAUAUUGGCCAGUUGCGCUUCAAGUUAUUGUUGAGCUCAUAUAAUCCAGACCCUGCAUUCAAAUAUGCUUAUUUGCAUUCUCAGAUUCUGGAAAAGAUUUCACUCCUGAAUCUUCAGGGACAGGUCCGUCAUGAAUGUGAAGAAUUGGUUGGCUCUAGCUCAUCAGAAGAUGGUCAUGGUCAAAAUUUAGUACAAGAGCUGAAAACUAAAGAGAAGAACUUCCGGGCAAAGGUUGUAUUUCGCCCUAAACAGUCUAAGCACAAGAGUCUGCUUGCAGCAUGCUGUGAGUUCGAGGAACGGUUGUCUGACUGCAAUGAUCUAUUAAGUCGUUUAAACUGCAUAGGAGCUGGGCAAUUGGAGGUAGACAGAAUCUGCAAUUGGCAGAUAAUGUCAAGAAAUUUCAUAAAGAGGCUGACAGAAGAGUAUGGAGAGUAUGUUGAUUUGAUUCAACCAGUUCAAGUUGCCGUAUAUGAAAUGAAACUUGGCUUGGCCAUUGCUCUAUCUGGUUCUCUUGAAAGAGAAUAUUUGAAGAAGGUGGAAGAAGAUGAUAUGGAAAGGGUUCUGGGUGCAAUUUUUGGUUUUAUGCAGUUUCCCAAUGGAUAUGUUACUGGAAUGGCCUUAGUUGGUGUGCCAGAUUCGACAAAAUAUUCAAUUGGUGAUCAACUGGAAACUCAGUACUGUGAGUUUGGGGAUGUAGAUGUUUUGAAGAAACUAGCUCUUGUGUCAAGUCAGUUAAAUGUUGGCGAAGUUGCAGACAAAGCGAGAUCUCACUCUCAGAUGUUAGUAUCAUUUCAUCAUAUAUCUUUAGUACGAACAACAUACCGUGUCUGUCAUUCCCAUGUCAUGGAUAAAACUUCUUAUCUGACCUUGAAGGAGAUCUUUGAUUAUUUUAAAGACAUGUGGGUCAAGAUGAAAUCUAGUGUGAAGGCCAGGGAAAAUGAUGAUUCUCAGUAUUACAAGUUCAGGUCACGCAUCAUCGAUCUACAGGACAUUUUUAAAGGAGAUGUGCCUUCACUUGCAGAUAUGGACUCCGAAGGCAAUACUGCUCCAGAUAAUGAAGAAAAAUUAGAGCUUGAAUUUUUUAAAAUUACGGAGAGAACAAAUGGGGAUGCUGGUCAUGUUGAAGACAAUUGGGAUCUUGUUCCAGAGUCUGCUCUCAAAUGUAUUAUAAUGAUACAUAACCAAUUGUUUGGAUCCCCUGACCUUUUUCAGAAGCCGGGUAAAUGUCAAAUUAGCGAUGAGCAGAAAAUUCAGUCUUUUGUAGACUCAUACGAGUUUGGUGCAAGAGUACUUAAAGGCCUGCCCGAAUUGACGUAUUCAACUUUUGAUGAAAAGCUCAUGCCUGAGCAUUUACUUCGUGUUUGUUUGGAAUACCGGCAAACUUGUGCAGCCUCUUUAGACAGCAGUAGUUAUAACACAUACAAGGACCCAAACCCUUCUACCUUGUUCAAAAUGGUUGAGCCCCUAACUGUACUUCAAGAGAAAGUUAGGUACUUUUUAGAUGAGUGGCCUGAUCAUCCAGGUCUAGUGAAAAUACUGGAGAUAAUUGCUUCCCUGUUGGCAAUGCCUCUGAGCACUCCACUUUCAAAGGCCUUACUUGGAUUGCAACUGUUGGCUGGGAAAGCUCAAACAUUGCAGGAAAAUGACUCCAAGUUCUUUCUAAAAGAUCAUCUUCCACCAAUAUUCAUGCUUGUAUCUUCAUGGCAAAGGCUUGAGUUAGAAUGUUGGCCUAUACUGCUUGAAGAGAUCCAGGGAAAGUAUGAGACUGAUGCUGCAAAUUUAUGGUUUCCAUUGCGAGCACUGCUUUCUCAGUAUUAUGACAUUCCAAAGGACGAAGAUUUAUCCAUAAUCAAGAGCAUAGAGGAGUUUGUUCAGACAUCAAAUGUUGGCGAAUUCAAGAGACGCUUGCAUCUCCUCCUUGCCUUCCAUGGUGAAUUUUGUGAUGGUAGUAGUUUUGGUGUUUACUUAAGUACUCCAGUGAAGAAAAUCCAGAAUAUUCUGUACAACAUGUUUGGUUACUAUAUGCAGUUCUUGUCACUUGUUCAUGGGCAAAUUGAAGCUGGUAAACAAUCUAUUGAAAAUGAGUUAAAAGAUCAGCUGAAGCUUUAUCGUUGGGCGCAAGAUCCGUACAGUCCUGCUUCAAUUGAAAAUUUCAAGAGAACCAGGCAAAAAAUAUUUAAGCUUCUCCAGCGGUUCAAUGACAUUUUACAAAAACCUGUCAUUGCCCUACUGAAUGAAGAGGCUACCAGUAGAAAAAUUCCAUGUUGGCUUGAUCCGGAGAGACCCGAAUCACAGUUUCCAGUUGACACUGAGAAACUCGAUGAAAGGUUUUUGUGGUACCGCAAGUGGAAAGGUCAGGCUUCUCUGUCAUUGCAAUCUUUACUGCAUACAAACAAUAAGGCUAUUGCAGUUCCUAAUGUGCAAGAAUCUGUGUAUGCUGUUGUACACAAUAUGAACCACCAUCAAGAAGAAACUGAACUCGACGACAUGUUGAAAAUCUUUUGGUAUGCACUUGAGAGAAUUUGCAAUGCCGCUGAUUUUGGUUCUAUACUGAAGCAUGGUAAAAAGAACCAGAAGAAAACUGCUUUAUCCAGUUUGUUCAAGACACUCGAGGGAUGUGGACUAUCAAAGCACAGGCCAUUGAGUCAUGAGUGGGGAGAUGAGUUGGAUGCACCAAGGCCAUUAUUUUUGGAGCAGUCGUAUAAUGCAACACAUUUGCUCCAGCAAGUGACCAUACAAACGUGUGAGGAUUCCAGCAUUAUUCAUUCUACCCUAUUGGGAACAAAUAACUGGAAGCUUGCAAAUCAGCAGUACUUCAGAUGUUUGGCAAUGAUGCAAAGACUCCGACAAAUUUCCUUGAAAUUUAAUAAAGAUAUAGGUUUGGAAGAGGUUAAUAGGGCUACAUCUUUUAUGAACCAUCUCUUGACUAUGUUGUCUGAACAAAGACAUCUUGCUUACAAUCUAUUCGAGCAGCUGAAUCAGUUUCGGCGUCUGAUGUUCUUGUUAGGUUCAGGAGGGAAGGGUGAAUCUCUGUCGCCAUGCCAAAAUGUACUGCUUAUUUCCAUGUGGCAGCAAAAGCAAAUUUUUGACAAUUUACUAGCAAUGACCACGGACACCAAUUUACUGCUCAGAACCUUCAAAGGUUGUCAUCAUGCCUCUUGUGAAAACAUCGAAGUAGAAGUUGCUGCGAUGUCAACUCUUUUUGAAAAGUUCAUCACAAGAUUUUCUGAAUCUAAGGACUUAUUAGACAAAUUUUUACUUGGGUCCAACAAUAUCCUUGCUGGUGCCCAUAAAAGGAUGCCUCUUGCUACAAUAGAAAUGGAGCAACUUGUUGCUGCGAACACCCAGCUUAUUGGCACAUUUAGAGAGGAUAUGCAGGUUUUAUGCUGCCAGGAUGUUUCGAAGAGAUCUGUUAAGAAAGUUCUGCUCUCUCGUUUUGAAGAGUUACUUGACAAGGGAAAGAUAGCGACAGAGAGUUUCUCUAGAGAAGUUGAUCAAGACAAGCAUGGCCUAUUCUCCGAUGAACAAAAGCUUGAAGGCUCAUACACAAAGGCUUUAAAGGAAAUUUUCACACUAGCUAUCGGUGUUGUAGGACAGCUCACUGAUCUUCGGAUAUCCACUAAUGGAACUAAAGAAUCAUCAUUAGAGGGAAAUAUUACUUCGUGGAAAGAUAUUUUGGAUUCAUAUGUCAUGAAUCUUCAAAUGGAUCAUGUUUGUGUUGCUGGCAAAAACCUUUCUGUUUUAGUGAGGAGGCUAAUUGACUAUAAACCUGAGAUGCGUUCUAUAAUAGAGGCGCAGUUAAUGCAACUGCAUGUUUUGCUGGGUCUGAUCCUGUCAUCAGCUGAAGGCAUACUUUCUGAACUUUUGGAAGCUCAUAGAACAACAUCUGAAAUGACUCAUGCACUUGGGGACCUAUUUAUUUAUCUAUUUGUGGAGGGGUUUGGUUGCGCAGAAGAUAUGACUGAAGAUGCUUCAGAUGGACAGAAGGAUGCAACAGGCACUGGAACUGGCAUGGGUGAGGGGGAAGGUCAAGAGAGUGCAAGCUCUAAAAUAGAUGAUUUAUCACAACUUGAGGGUACCAAUGAAACGGGUGCUCAAUGUAAGCCGGAUCAAACUCCUAAGAAUGAUGAUGAUGCAAUUGAAAUGGAAAGAGAUUUUGAUGCUGAAGAAUCUAAUGUUUCUGAGGAUCCUGAAGGCAAUGACUCGGGCAGUGAUGAUGAAGACAACUUGGAUAAUCAGAUGGGUGACACUGGUGAUGCAGGUGAAAUGGUUGGCAAGAAAUCUUGGGACAAGGAUGAAGAUGAUGAUCCUAAGACAUCCACAGAGAAGUAUGAGUCGGGUUCAUCUGCCAAUGGGGCAGAUCAGAACGAUACAGAACUGCGGGCUAAGGACGAAUGUCCCAUGGAGACAGAUCCCAUGGAGAUAGAUAAUAACGAGCAAGGCAAGGACAGUAAUUUGGAGGCAGAGCCUACUACUUGUGAUGAUAUUGAUGAGAAUACUGAUGAUAUUAUGAACAAAGCUGAUGCAUAUGAUGAUCGAACAGGACCUGAACUCUCUGAACCAGACAAUGAUCCUGAGGAUAUCAACAUGGACGGAGCAGAACAACCUGAUGACAUGGACGCUGACAACCCUGAUGAAGAAAUCAGCUCGGAAGAGGACAAGCAAGCAGAUGAGAGCUCAGUUCUCUCAGACGACAUGGACGUUGGUGAUGCCUCACGAGAUGGUGAUGAUGUGGUAGAUGAUGAAGGGGAAAGUAUUGAAGACGGAAAGUUUGAGCCAAAUAACAUGGAGAAACAUCAAUUGGACAAAAUUGAGUCACUGGCACAUCCUUCACAAGGUAUACAACUCGACUGUGGGGAAACAGACUCUAACAGAGAAUCUGAAGCAAACUUAGCCAACAGCAUGGACAUGAGCAGUGCGGUUGCUCCUUCUGUUGAUUUUUCAAGCAAUGAAGUUCCUAGUCUGGAAAUGUCUAUGCCCAACUCUGGUGAAGGUUCAAGAUUAUUGUCCAAUUCCAAGCCAGAGAUACAGACUGAUGCUCCACGAUCAAACAUCAAGCAAACAAAUCCUUUCAGGAGCAUUGGAGACGCAAUGGAGGACUGGAAAGAGCGGGCAAGAGUCUCAGCUGAUACCCAGGAUCAUCAACCAGAAACUGAACAUCAUGUUGAUGAUGAGAGUGCAACUGAAUUCCGUUAUGUGCCUGACGGUGAGCAGAGCACCACUCAAGCAUUGGGUGACGCAACAGCUGAUCAAAUCGAUGAUAAGCUGCAGGUAAAGCAAUCUUCGUUGGAAGAUGAAACCCGUGCCCAGAAAGUGGAACAACCUGAUGAGAGGAUACCUGGAGAUGAUAAGCCUGUAGUGCCCAAUCCUCAAACUUCACAAUCACGUGCCAAGUCCGAAAAUGCUAAUGUAUUGGAGGGAAGAGAUGUUCAGACUGAUACAUCCAUUCAGGAUUUAGUUCAAGAUGAAACAAACGGCAUUUUUGGAGAUGUUGUUUCAUUCAAGCGACCUCUGGCAGAUGACAGGAUAGUUCAACUGGAUAACCUAACCAGUGAUUGGGAGAUGUGUACUCAGAUGGAUCUUGACAUCAGUAAUGAAGAAAUGAAAAGGACUAUCGUGGACUGGAGAAGUCUUGAACUCGCAACCAUGAAAUUGUCCCAAGAACUGGCUGAACAAUUACGCCUUGUCAUGGAACCGACUCUUGCAAGUAAGCUUCAAGGAGAUUACAGAACUGGAAAGAGAAUAAACAUGAAGAAGGUUAUUCCGUAUAUUGCAAGCCAUUUCCGCAGGGACAAGAUAUGGUUGCGACGAACUAAACCCAAUAAACGAAAUUACCAGGUGGUUAUUGCUGUCGAUGACUCACGGAGUAUGUCUGAGGGCAAGUGCGGAAAAGUUGCCAUUGAAGCAUUAGUUACAGUUUGCCGGGCCAUGUCGCAACUUGAGGUUGGACAGUUUGCGGUUGCAAGUUUCGGAAAAAGAGGGAAUGUUCAAGUGUUGCAUGAUUUUGAUCAGAUCUUCAAUGGAGAAGCUGGAGUCAAGAUGAUCUCUAGUUUGUCCUUCGAGCAAGACAACAAAAUUGAGGAUCAGCCAGUUGCUGAUCUCUUGAUGCAUCUGAAUACAAUGCUUGACACUGCUGUGGCGAGGUCUCGUACGCCAUCAGGGCAAAAUCCACUUCAGCAACUCAUACUUGUAAUAUCCGACGGGAAGUUCCAUGAAAAGGAAAAUUUGCGGCGUUGUAUCAGGAAUGUUCUAAACAGAAAAAGAAUGGUUGCAUAUGUACUCCUUGAUAGUCACGAGGAAUCAAUUAUGAACUCACUGGAAGCGUGUUACGAAGGUGACAAGCUAACCUUGGGAAAAUACAUGGACUCAUUUCCGUUCCCUUACUAUGUUAUGCUGAAGAACAUCGAAGCGCUUCCUCGAACAUUGGCUGAUUUGCUCAGACAGUGGUUUGAGCUGAUGCAGAGCGCGAAUGAGUGAAUCUUUGGGGACGUCAGCUUAUCAAAUUUUUGUGAGAAGGAAUGUGUGAUUCGCAUGUGCAUCAAACCACGGAACCUGGAAUUGUAAACCGAUAUUGUUCUCAUGGAACAAAUCGUGAUUCAAAGUCUGAUUUUUGUACAAAACAUACCACAUUUUCUGUAGCUUGUUUUACACUUAUUAAACACAUCGUGAACGAAAAUAUUUUUGUGCAAAAUAUACCACAUUAUCCUGCAACUCACUACUGAUAAGUCAGUAUUUGUCACUGCUA